AUGAAAAGUAUAUUCAAAUCCAAACCAAAAACCUCAAAAAGUUCCGAUGAAGUUGUACGUCUAACUCGUAAUCUUCUGGUUUCACUCCUCUCCAAUGAACCUGAUUUUCGUAAACGAGAUGACAAGGUAGCUGAGCUGAAUAAGUUAAUCCGGGAUUUGAAGUUCAUUCUUUAUGGAAGUGCUGAAUCCGAGCCGGUUGCUGAAGCUUGUAAAAAGUUGACAGAAGAGUUCUUUAAAGAGAACACUCUACGCCUUCUUAUUAUCUGUCUUCCAAGAUUAAAUUUAGAGGCUCGCACAGAUGCCACCCAAGUGGUUGCAAAUUUGCAGAGGCAAUAUGUUGAUGGACGGUUAAUUGCUCCUAUUUAUUUGGAAGAAAACUUAGAUCUUUUGGAUAUUUUGGUUUCUGGGUAUGAGGAUCCUGAAAUAACUUUGCAUUAUGGUAAUAUGUUGAGGGAAUGUAUUAGACAUCAGAUUAUUGCAAGAAGUGUCUUGGAAUCAGAGUCCUUCAGGAAGUUUUUUGACUAUAUACAGCUUCCGCAUUUUGAUAUUGCAGCAGAUGCUACAGCAACUUUUAAGGAGCUGUUGACGAGGCAUAAGUCAACAGUUGCUGGAUUUCUUUCCAAUAAUUUUGAUUGGUUCUUCCAUGAUUACAAUACCAAGUUACUCGAAUCUAGUAAUUAUAUCACAAGAAGACAGGCUAUCAAGCUGCUUGGCGACAUCCUACUUGAACGUUCAAACUCUGCUGUGAUGAUACGUUAUGUUAGCUUGAAAGACAACUUGAGGAUUCUAAUGAAUCUUUUAAGGGAGUCAAGCAAGAACAUCCAGAUGGAUGCUUUCCAUGUGUUUAAGGUACAACGGAUUGCUGGUGGCCUCAACCUCACGGGAUCAUACCCCCCAUUCUGUAUCCGUAGAUUUUAUCGUUUAUAG